GCAUACCAGUGGUGCAUUUAGUUUCAAUCCACAACAACUUCAGACUUCAAUUGAGACUGUCAUGGCUUCUUCAGGUCCUUUUCCUCUCUUGGCUCACCCGUACCGGUCUGCCGCUCAAGGCUCCUGUGCCUACGAGAUGGGUAACACAGCCUCCAAGAACGCCCUUGUCUUCAUUGGAGGUAUGAAGGAUGGCCCUCAUACGACGCCGUACAUUCGAACUGUUGCUCAGCGGCUGGAAAAGACGCCCGAGUUGAGCUUCUCCGUGUUUGAAACUCGACUGAGGAGCUCCUUUGACGGAUUCGGAACCUCUAGCCUGGCAGACGAUGUUCGUGACAUCUCUACGUUUGUCAAGUAUCUUCGCUCCAUUGGCCGGGAAAAGGUUAUUCUAUUUGGUCAUUCAACGGGGUGUCAGGACUGUAUGGAAUACACAAACUAUGCCAAGCAUUCCAACAGCCCCGUGGAUGGCUUCAUUCUGCAAGCUCCCGUUUCGGACAGAGAGUCGCUGGAGACCUUCCUUCCGGAUUACCAAUCCAAGCUCGACUAUGCCAACAAGAUGAUUGCUGAGGGAAAGGGAGCCGACUGUCUGCCCAAUGAGCAUUCGAUUGCCAUGCUGAACGCACCGAUGUCAGCAAACAGGUUCCACGACCUCUUUGCCAAAGGGGGUGCCGAUGAUUAUUUUUCUUCCGACCUGGAUGACCAGACAGUAAACAAGUUUUGGAGCCGGUUCAGCAAGCCUGUGCUUGUGCUACACUCGGAGGAGGACGAGUUUGUUCCGGCCAGAGUUGAUCAGGCGGCGCUGAAUAAGAGAUAUCAAGCGGCAAGCUCAUUCGUCAGCCCAUUGUCCGGCCUCAUACCGGGAACCGGUCACACUGUCUGGCACGAGGAGGCUCAAGAAUGGCUGGCAGGGAGAGUUAUUGAGUUUCUCCAGACUCUUACCUAAGCCCGCUGAGCUCAAGAAAUAGAGUUGUGUCUCUGUGAUGCCUGGCGGUGGCGUAGGCUACUAAGACACAUACAUACGUAUACCUCCACAGCUGUGCUUUGUAAUAGCACUUCUACUGAGCCACCC